AAACUUCGUUUCUUCCGCCGGCAAAGAACAGGUUUUACAGUCCAGGGAGAAAAGCACGAUCUAUUGUCAUCUUCGCCGGCGAAUAAGAAGUGUAAUCACCGGUGUUCACUGCUCUAGCCAGAUACAGCGGUCGUCGUGGGUCGUUUAUUCCGGCGGCGGAAUAAGAACCCUAGUGGCUUCGGAAGCACGAUCUAUUGUCAUCUUCGCCGGCGAAUAAGAAGUGUAAUCACCGGUGUUCACUGCUCUAGCCAGAUACAGCGGUCGUCGUGGGUCGUUUAUUCCGGCGGCGGAAUAAGAACCCUAGUGGCUUCGGUAGUGGUUGAUUUUCGGAUUCGGCGCCGGUGUUCUUGAAGCCCUCGCCAUUGUUACACCCUUUGAGGAAUGGCAUCUUCAAGCAAUAGCAUCAAAUAUCCUCCUCUACUUUAUGAAGAAGGGAAAUCGCCUCUCCAACAUAGGAGCAUGAACCACAAUUGUUUUGUGUCCAAAAUUGGAAUUUUGAGAGAAGGAUUAGGGGUGGACGUGUGGGAUAAACUCAAGGACUCAUCUCUUGGAGUGUUUAUAAAGUUUGCUGAAUUGGAAUACACCUGGGCUGCGCAGAGAGUUCACUUUCUACUCACACAUCAGCUGAGAAUCAACAACAUUCAUGAGGUUUGGUCUUUGAUCGAUAAUAGGCCAAUUAGAUUUUCUUUAAAUGAGUUUGCAGAGAUAACAAGGUUAAAUUGUGAUGCAUUUGACCUUUUAGAGAACUUUGAUGUUGAUCACCAUGAUUUCUGGAAAGAAAUGAAAAUACCAACAACCCUUGAUGGUCCUAUGUGGAGUGAGUUGGUAAAGGUUAUUGAUUCUAGCAAAACAUGGCAUCUUGAUAAGAGGAUGAUGGUUGGUAGGUUAUGUUUGUUGUCAGUAUGCGUACAUGGAAUUCAUCAUACAUCUAGAAUCCCGUUGGCAACCGCUAAGAGAGUUUUAGAUCCAGUUGCUUUUGAAAAACAUCCAUGGGGUCGGGUUGCUUUUAGUAGUCUAGUGAAUUCUGUGAAGAUGGUUGACUAUGACAGAGAUUCAUACACCAUACACGGGUGUGUUCAUGCUUUGUUAAUUUGGUUGUAUGAGAGUGUUACUGGAAUAGGAGAAAGUUAUGGGGUUAGAAGGAUAGAAACCACUGGUGUUCCACUUCUUGAUUGGCGAUCAUCUCGAAAACGUAUCAACUUCACAAACUUCAUCCAAAACGAGAAGAAGUUGCAUGGACAGGUUCGUGUUAGGCAUAUGGUUCAUGUUUCAGAGGAAAACAUGUAUCCUCUAUGGUCUGACACAGAUGAGCAUACGGAUCUACACCUAGACGAGCUACUUAAAGAUCUCAUUCAUAACCGUUUGUCUCUAGAUGCUUGGAGUUGUGUCAAAACAGUUGGUAUAAGUUCAAAAAAGAAGAAAAGAAGUGCUGAAGCUGAUAAGGUGAAUGACAACAGAGGGUGCAAUCCUAAGAAAAAAAGAUUGACAGAUAGUGAUCCUAAAUGUGAACAAGGAGAAAAUGUAACCAACAUGGAGGAUGGUAAGGAUGACAAGUCAAUUUCUUUGGAUAUUUGGAGGGCGAUUGAGAAAAUGAAUGAGACUAUUUCUGACUUGGGCAAAACACUCAACAGUCGAAUAGAUGCUUUGGAGAGUAAAUUUGAAACAUUCGUUGAAAAAAAAAUGACGGUGUUCAAAGAGGAGAUGGGUGAGAGGAUUAAAGCAUUGGAGAAAGAAAGAAAAGAGCCAAAAGACGCUGAUGUACGGAAUGAUGCCACUUCGCACACCAUUAACGAUGAUGAGGGAACAAGUAAAACACCUUCAUGGAUUGUUGAGAUGAAGCAGACAUCACAAGAUGAAUUUCCAGUUCAAAGGGUGGUGAGGAAGGAAUCUGUGAAGGUUGGGAAGAAGGAAACUUCCAAGAAAAAGAAGAUUACUGGUCUUGCUUCUGACGAUGUUGAGGAUAUCACUACCCAAGUUCAGAAAGCUAAAUUGAAAAUAGCUUCCAGUUCUGAAGAUACAUGGUCCAACAAGGAGGAUCAGUUGGUACAUAAAAAACUUGAGGUGACAUUAAACCGCCUUGGAGAGGCUUUGACGAAGUUGGAUGGACCUGGACCUUCGAAGACUUCUAGACGCGUGCCCCAGUUGGCAGGAUCGCAGAAGUAUCCUUACCUUGGUAACUCGACAGUCAAGCGGAUCAUUACAGAGGGUGAUAAUGUGUUAGGCGAUCAUCUUAAGCCUGUAGAUGAUGAGAAACAUCAGAGACUUCUGGAUUUUCUCAGCCUUGACAAGGAAGAGCCACUUAGCACCAGCAACGCAGCUGUGAGAUUCUAUUGGAAAAUUAUGACUCCAAGGAAACAUUGGCCAAGCUAUGACUAUGGAUGGUUGACAGAACAUCACAUGGGUUGUGCAAUGGCUAUGUUCCGGCGAAGAUAUAUGCGUGAGCCUUGUCCGUAUCCUAAAGAGCGCAUAGCUUUCUUAGACCAAGAUCUGAUGACUACAUUGAAGAAGGACUACAUACAGUUUGAUAUGGGGCCUAAGAAUUUUGUGUUUCGGGAUUCCUAUGUGAAACACGUUUUUGGUGAAUAUCCUGAGGAGUCAGCUACGAACAAGAAGUGGUGGAUUGAUGUGGAUAACUUAUACGCUUGUCUUUUUGUCAAUGGGAACCAUUGGGUGGCUUUGGAUAUUGACUUGCGAGGUAAGAAGAUUCACAUCUAUGAUAGCAUACCAACCUUGGUGAAUGACGAACAAAUGGCCAUUGCAUGUUUGCCUUUAAGGCGAAUGAUUCCUGCGAUGUUAAGUGACAUGAUUCCUGAGACAAACCGUAAAAAGAGCAGAGCAAUGUUGGAAUUGAGAAGGGUGAAGAAAAAUGUUCCUCGGAAUGAAAAUCCAGGUGAUUGUGGUGUGUAUGCUCUUAAGUACAUUGAAUGUUUAGCUCUUGGGAAAACAUUUGAUGGGCUUUGCGAUGAGAACAUGUUGGCUCUUCGGAUUAAGCUUGCAGCGGAAUUAUACGACGAAGUCAGAGAAUUAGCCAUACCACCUAAUAUGACUGAUUCACCUCCUCGAGCUGUUAUCAUCCCUUCCCUAGUUGAUGAGUCCUUGUAGACUAUUUUGUUUCAUUGCCUUACGUUUUGUAAUAACAUUAUAAUUGUAGACUAUUCUUCUUUUGCAUGUGAAUGUGAACGUGAAUGAUGAUAAUAUAACU